AUGGAGCAACUUGGAGACAUAGCUGCUUUGUAUAAUUCGGAAAAAGAAAAAAAUCUAUUACUCGAAAGAAAGCUAACCGCAUGCAAAAAAAUAAUGCAGAAGCAUGUGAGCCAAAUAGAGUCCCUCAAAAUAAGUUUAGAGCAUUUAGCACAAAUAAUUAAAACAAAAGAUAAGGAAAUUAAAUGGCUCUAUGAAGAGCUGGGAAGAUUGGGCAUCUCUGAGACAAUCUCUAGUUGUUUAAAAAUUGAUAAACCAAGCGGAAUUAUUGAAAAGGAAUUUUCUAAGCCAGAUGAGGAUAAGAUUAAGUUGGUGCCAAAAGUUAAAGAUUCCAGUUCUGAUAUUAGAAUCAAAGAAAUAGAGCAAAAUUUUAUAAGAAAUUUUCAAUUCAUUGAGAGCAAGAUUUCUGCUUCUGAUCCAUCACUAAAGCAAGAUUGCUUUCAAAAUACUUCUCUUUAUCUUAUUGGUGAGGUUAAUAAGAAAACGAGCUUAAUUGUGUAUAACACUGAAGAGGAAAAAGAAAACGUAAAGCUGCUAGAUACUUCAUUACAAUUGAGCGAUUAUACAUGUAUAGCGCAACUUCCAGAUAAUGAAUUAUUCUGUUUUGGAAAUUUUCCAGCUUCUGGAAUUACUUCGAUAAUUGAUAGAAAAUUGAGAGUCCGAAUUUUGCCAUCUGAGAAUUUAUUAUUAAAUUAUCUUGCUUUUAAGAUGGAUAAAUAAAUUUAAAAAAAUUAUUAAACCAUCUGGAACUGCUUGCUCUUGGUCGUCAGCUAUCUCUUAUUAUUUGUAUUAAAUAAUAAUUUGAUAGAUUCUAAAUAAUAAAUUAUUCAGCCUUAAGUAAAUAUAUAUUUUAACAGAAAUGUCUACUGCUUUGGAGGAUCAGAUAAUACAAGUAGAAAUUUAAGCCUAUCAGAAAGGUUUAAUUUAGAUGAAAAUCGAUGAAUUAAAUUAUGCCCAAUGCCAUGAGCUGAUGCAUGUUGUCAUAGUUUAAUAUUUAAUGAAAAUGUUUUGAUUGCUGGAAAAUUUUCAUGGAGUAUUUGGCUAUAUUCAAUUGCUACUGACUCUUUCUCGAAAAUUCCUUACGAUUUUGAAUAUUUUGCAGCUAAGAUCUUGAUAAAUGCAGGGAGCUUGUAUUUGAUCGAGAGUGGCAAGCGCAAAGUCUAUGAGAGUGAAUUUGGAAAUGAGUAUGUGUGGAAGCCAGUAGGAAUUUCAAUAAUACCUUAUCAUCCAACUCAAAUGUGUUGCUUAUAUAAUAAAGGAGAAAUUUAUAUAGGCUGCGGUUCAAAACCCAAUUAUUUCAAAUUUAACUUGAGUAAAAAAGUGAUGAUUAAGCUCUAA